ACGAGAGUUCAAUAUCAAGACCGCGAGCGAAAAGGUUCCCCAUAUAUAUUUUUUGAGUGACAUAACCUCCCCGGUGUGGUGCACCAAACCAACAGGAAAACAACAACAAAACAGACGAGACGAAAAGAGCUUUUCCGUUUUAUCUGCUUUCUUCGUUUCUUCGAAUCAACGCCGCCGCGAUCGAUUGCGUUUUCGCUUCGCGUUGCAUUGUGUGCAGUGGACUAUCCAUCAUCAUCUUCGUAGUCGUCGCCCCUCAACCUAAACAUCGCACAGGUGCGUUCCGGAGCGAAUUUCCAGCCAGUCAAAAUUCUACCAACGAGGAAAAAAAUGGUCAACGCAUACGACAUUUUCGGUGGGGUGUGCGUUUUCAUCGUUUCGGUGCAGCUACUGCGGAAGGUGUUCCCAUGGAUCUACGAGAACCUGCUCGGACCGAAGCUGUUCGGUUCCGGCGUGAAGCUGCGCGAGAUGGGAUCCUGGGCAUUGGUCACCGGGGCAACCGAUGGAAUUGGCAAAGCCUACGCUAAAGCCCUCGCUAAAAAGGGUCUCAAUGUGGUGCUGGUCAGUCGAACCCUGUCCAAGUUGGAAGAUGUCGCCAAGGAAAUUGAGUCCGAAUCCAAAGUCCAGACCAAGGUCAUCGCGGCCGAUUUCACCGCCGGGCCGGAGAUCUACGAAACCAUCGCGAAGCAGACCACCGGCAUGGAGAUUGGCGUCCUGGUCAACAACGUCGGUAUGAGCUACGCCAACCCGGAACGGUUCCUCGAGCUGCCCGAGCAGGAAAAACUCAUCAGCGGUCUGAUCACGUGUAACAUCUUCUCCGUCACGCGGAUGUGCAACCUUUUCCUGCCGGCCAUGGUCGAACGUAGGAAGGGUGUCAUCAUCAACAUCUCGUCCCUGUCGGCGGUCAUCCCGGCUCCUAUGCUGACGGUCUACGCCGCUUCCAAGGCAUUUGUGGACAAGUUCAGCGACGAUCUGGCCACGGAAUACGCCAAACAUGGUGUGCUGGUGCAGUCGGUUCUGCCCGGACCGGUCGCCACCAACAUGUCCAAGAUUCGCCGGGCCACGUGGAUGGCCUGCUCGCCGAAGACGUUCGUUUCCAAUGCCCUCAGCACGCUGGGCAUCUCGAGUCACACGACCGGAUACUAUCCGCAUUCGCUACUGCAACUGAGCAUAGACAUGCUGGGACUGAUCUCGCCGAGCGUUUCCCGUAAGAUUACCCUGAAGACGAUGGAGAAUAUCCGCGCCAGGGCUGCCAAGCGGGCAGUCAACAAGCAGGAAGCUAGCAAGUAGAGAAGCUCUGCAGAAUGCAUUGCAUGAUGAUUACAGGUAGAAGUGCAUUUUCGAUUUUCUUCUUUCUCGAGCUCACUUAUUUUCGCUUUCUUUUGCCUAGUAUGCUUAAGUAGAGGAUUCAAAUGAACUGGAUUCUUAACGUGUCUUUAACCUACAGACACCCACUCGUCUGGUCAUUUAUUUGAGACUUCAUAAUUAUGUAGCGCCGGGUUGACGCAGAACGAACUGUGGCAUUUGUUAAUUUGUAUAGAGGAGAUAAUUGAUGGAAUUCCUAAUGGCAAUGAUUAAAAAUACAA